AUGGUAGCUCUCGAUGCGGCUGGUAAGACCACCAUUCUUUACAAGCUCAAGCUUGGAGAGAUCGUCACCACCAUUCCUACUAUCGGGUUCAAUGUGGAGACAGUGGAGUAUAAGAAAAUCACCUACACUGUAUGGGAUGUCGGAGGUCAAGACAAGGAUCAACUACUCAAUUUCUCAAUCACACAAUCUAACUUUCUGGAGUUAGUGUAUCAAAAGUUGGAGCGCUGUUUGGCUCAGGCUGUCUUACCUUUGACCUUUUCAUAUAAUGUAUAUCUGAGGACGCUGCUUAACAAUUUAGGUGUAGACAAAGUUGCUAACCAAGAUACUGCUGUUGCUGCUAAGAUAUAUUUUGAACUUUCUUUCUAUGAAAGGAGUUGGUCAAACAUUUUUAGUUUGAGUCUUGGACCUGGUUGUGGGUUGCAGGAUAGUGCAUGA